AUGCGGACUUCACGGGCUUCUAGAGAUACAGCCAAGGUCCUGGAGGCACUGUCGCCCCCGGCGCGCCGCUCAACACGCAACUCCUCGCUCCAUCCGAGUGCGCUGCGCAACUUCGCUUUCACUGGUGACUCAACCAUCAAGACCGAGUCAAUUCCGACAAUUGCACAACUCUCCCCUGCGAGAAGUGACGAUGAGUCCUCACUUUCCUCCGCCAACACUGCCGACAUUGAAGAUCUCAUCGAGCCCCCUACGAAACGUCAGAAACGCAAUACCAGUCCUCUCAAGCCAGCACAGACUCGCACACCCCGGAAAUCCCAAGCCCGCCAGCCCGCCGUGAAAAAGGAGCCGACCGUGAAGGAUGACCCGGAUGUGAAAAGUACCCCGGCCAAGGCCCGACGAAUGCCUGCGCGGAAAAGGAGAGACGCGGAUGGGACCGUUGUCGUGGAGCCUCCGUCAAAUUGGGAGACAAUGUAUAACACUGUGAAAAAGAUGCGCGAGGAUAAUCCCACUGCACCGGUCGAUACGAUGGGCUGUGCAGAAUUGUACUGGAGAGCAUCUUCGCCGAAGGACCGUCGGUUUCAGACCCUCGUCGCACUGAUGCUCUCAUCUCAAACGAAAGAUACCGUCACGGCCGUCGCGAUGCAACGACUACACACGGAACUCGGCGAGCAGGAUCCAAAUAUCAAAGCGGAAGUCAAAUUGGAGGAGGAAGUCAAGAUCAAGCUUGAAGACGCGGAGGCGAAACCCGAGCCGACAAAGGAUAGCACGUUGAAUCUGGACAACAUUCUCACCGUAUCACCCACGCGACUCAACGAAUUGAUCGAGAAAGUCGGAUUCCACAACAAUAAAACCAAAUAUAUCAAAUCCGCCGCACUCAUCCUGCGAGACCAAUUCGAAGGCGAUAUCCCGUCCACACCGGAAGGACUCAUGUCCCUGCCAGGCGUUGGUCCGAAAAUGGCUUACCUCUGCAUGAGUGCGGCAUGGGGUAAGCAUGAGGGGAUCGGUGUCGAUGUGCACGUCCACCGUAUCACCAAUCUCUGGGGUUGGAAUAAGACCAAGAAUCCCGAGGAGACUCGUAUGGCGCUUCAAUCGUGGCUCCCGCGCGAUAAGUGGCAUGAGAUUAAUAAACUGUUGGUUGGGCUCGGGCAGACCGUUUGUUUACCGGUGAAACGGAGAUGUGGGGAGUGUUACCUUGCUGGGACGAAGCUUUGUAAGAGCGAGGUUAGGGGCCUUGCUUCGCCAGUUAAGGCAGAGGUGAAGGUGAAGGCGAAGGAGAAGGAGAGUAACGAGGAACCCAAGGUCAAGAUUGAAGCUGUAUGA